AAGACGGCCCGCGCGCCCGAAUUGCUUAAUAGCAUCCAUUGCAAGAGACAGCACACGAGAGCCUGUCAUUGUGGAGACGCGCUGUAGUUAACAACGGCGGGUUUUAACAUUGUUUUAACGGAUUUUAAAGCAGUUUUAUUGUUUUAUCUCAAACGUUUACUUAGCUGUGUACCAUGCCAUCCAGGACUUCCCUGUCUUUGCCAGAGGAUGUCAGGAAAAGGCUGCAGGUGCUGGGCGAGGAUGGAGAUUCAGAGGAGGAUCAUGUGAAAGAGAAGCUCAAGUUGGUUCAGGACUUCCUGCAUGUUGAUGCUCAAGACCAACUGACCAGCCUGGAGGACAAGAUGAAAAAAUCCGAGAUCUCGAUGGAAAUCUACAUCUCUAAAGUAAAGGCCUUGCUGGGAAAAGAGCUUUAUCUCGAAAAUGGCUCACAUGUGGAUGACGUGGAGCAGAAUGGAAAGACGAAUGGCUUAACAAAUGGUUCCAAAAAAGAUGAGAACACUGAAGAUGUAACCAUGGAUGUACAGGAGGAAGAGGAGGCUGUCAAGUCACCGACUGCCUCCAAAGGGAAGGGAGGCCGUAAGAGCAAAGCCAAUUCUGACACUAAAAAGUCUCCAGCCAGCUCCAGGGUUACAAGAAAUGCUGGAAAACAGCCAACCAUCAUGUCAAUGUUCUGUAAAGUUCAGAAGCGCAAGUCUGAAGACUUGAAUGUUGAGGCUACUAAUGGACAAAACUCAACAAAUGGACAAACAGAAGUUAAGAAAGAAGAUGAAGAGGAAGAAGAUGUUGAGGAGGUCCAGGAUGAGAAGCGUCAAAAAGUGGAAUCUGAUGAAAAAGCUGCUCCAGAAAAGUUGACGAGUGAAACAACAAAGCCAGUUUCUGCUGCAAAGACACCACCCCCCAAAUGUGCAGACUGCAGACAAUACUUGGAUGACUCUGACCUUAAGUUCUUUCAGGGGGAUCCUGAUAAUGCGCUGGAUGAACCAGAAAUGUUAACAGAUGAGCGCCUCUCCCUGUUUGACUCAAAUGAGGAUGGCUUUGAGAGCUAUGAUGAUCUGCCACAGCAUAAGAUCACAAACUUCAGCGUAUAUGACAAGCGAGGCCACCUGUGUCCAUUUGACUCUGGACUGAUUGAGAAGAACGUGGAGCUCUACUUCAGCUGUGUUGUCAAACCCAUCUAUGAUGACAACCCUUGCUUGGAUGGCGGUGUUCCUGCCAAGAAGCUUGGACCCAUCAAUGCCUGGUGGAUCACUGGUUUUGAUGGUGGAGAAAAAGCCUUAAUUGGUUUUACUACAGCUUUUGCUGAUUACAUCCUGAUGCAGUCCAGUGAGGAGUAUGCACCCAUAUUUGCUGUGAUGCAGGAGAAGAUCUAUAUGAGCAAGAUUGUUGUAGAGUUCCUUCAGAAGAAUCGUGACGCUAGUUAUGAGGACCUUCUCAACAAGAUUGAGACCACCGUGCCUCCUGCAGGGCUGAACUUCAACUGCUUCACGGAGGACACUCUGCUGCGCCACGCCCAGUUUGUGGUGGAGCAGGUGGAGAGCUACGAUGAGGCCGGGGACUCUGAUGAGCAGCCCAUCAUUGUUACUCCCUGCAUGAGGGACCUGAUCAAACUGGCGGGAGUCACUCUGGGGAAGAGGAGAGCUGCCAGAAGACAGGCCAUUCGUCACCCUACAAAGAUCGAGAAGGACAAUAAGGGACCAACGAAGGCGACCACCACCACGCUGGUGUACCAGAUCUUUGAUACCUUCUUCUCUGAUCAGAUAGAGCAGAAUGACAAAGAAAAUGGUGGGGCCAAGAGACAGCGCUGUGGCGUCUGUGAGGUAUGCCAAUCUCCGGACUGUGGGAAGUGUCCUGCUUGCAAAGACAUGAUCAAAUUUGGAGGAGGUGGCAAAAGCAAGCAGGCUUGUAAACAGAGAAGAUGCCCAAACCUUGCAGUAAAGGAGGCUGAGGAUGAUGAGACCAUUGAGGAGGAAGAUGUUCCUGUGAAGGCCAAAAAGGUUUCUAAUGCCAAGAGGAAGAAGCAGAACCAGUGCAAGCUGUCGUGGAUUGGAGAGAAAAUUCAGACUGAUGGAAAGAAGCAGUAUUACAGGAAGGUCCGCCUGAAUGAUGAAGAGCUGGAAGUGGGCGACUGUGUCUCUGUCUCCUCAGAGGACCCCUCAAUGCCUCUCUAUCUGGCAAGGAUUGCAUCACUGUGGGAGGACAACAAUGGGAAAAUGUUCCAUGCCCACUGGUUCCUUCGGGGGGCUCAAACGGUGCUGGGGGAGUCUUCUGAUCCGCUGGAGCUUGUGCUUGUGGACGAGUGCGAGGACAUGCAGCUCAAUUAUGUGCAAGGCAAAGUUAACGUCAUGUAUAGGGCUCCGUCUGAGAACUGGUUUAUGGAGGGUGGUAUGGAUGAGGAAAUCAAGGUGAUAGAGGACGACGGGAAGAGUUUCUUCUAUCAGUUCUGGUACGAUACAGACUACGCCCGCUUCGAGACGCCUCCCAAGAUCAAUCCAACAGAAGAUUGCAAGUUCAGGUUCUGUCACAGCUGUGCUAGGAUUACCGAGAGAAAGGAACAGGAGACUCCUUGUGCGUUUGAACCCCUGCUGGACAAGGACCAUGACUCCAAGGUGUGUUAUGCCCUGGCCUGCUAUCGGGGCGAUCAGUUCAAAGUCGGCGACGGCGUCUACCUGCCUCCUGACGCUUUUAAUUUCAGUGUGAAGCCGGCUAGUCCCGUGAAGCGCUCCCACCGUAAAGAGGAUGUGGAUGAGGACCUGUAUCCAGAAUAUUACAGGAAGCAUUCGGACUACAUCAAAGGAUCAAACCUGGACGCUCCAGAGCCUUUCCGCAUCGGUCGCAUCAAGGAGAUCCUCUGUCACAGGCGGAGCAACGGGAAACCUGAUACUUCAGAGGUCAAACUGCGGCUCUACAAGUUUUACAGGCCUGAGAACACUCACAAAGGAGUCAAAGCCAGUUACCACACAGACAUCAACCAGCUGUACUGGAGCGACGAAGAGGUGACGGUCAGCAUGACGGAGGUGCUCGGCCGCUGUCAAGUAGAAUAUUCAGAAGACUUGAAUGAAUCGGUCCAGGACUAUUCCAGUGGUGGCCCUGAUCGCUUCUACUUCUUAGAGGCCUAUAAUGCAAAAUCAAAAAGUUUUGAAGACCCUCCAAAUCAUGCUCGCUCGGCUGUCACUAAAGGCAAAGGAAAGGGAAAGGGCAAAGGUAAAGGCAAAGGAAAGGCUGCAGCUGCACAGGAACCGCAGGACUCUCAGAAUGAUCCACAGACACUUAAGGUGCCCAAGUACCGCACACUGGAUGUGUUCUCGGGCUGCGGAGGACUUUCGGAAGGCUUCCACCAGGCUGGUAUGAAUGAGACUCUGUGGGCCAUAGAGAUGUGGGAGCCAGCAGCACAGGCCUUCAGGCUCAACAACCCCGGCACCACGGUGUUCACGGAGGACUGCAACGUCCUGCUGAAGCUGGUGAUGUCCGGUGAGAAGACAAACUCUCUCGGCCAGAAACUACCUCAGAAAGGAGACGUGGAGAUGCUGUGUGGAGGCCCUCCCUGCCAAGGCUUCAGCGGGAUGAACCGCUUCAACUCUCGCACUUAUUCCAAGUUCAAGAACUCACUCGUGGUCUCCUAUCUCAGCUACUGUGACUACUACAGACCCAAGUUCUUCCUGCUUGAGAAUGUGAGGAACUUCGUCUCCUUUAAAAGCUCCAUGGUUCUGAAGCUGACUCUGCGCUGUCUCGUGCGAAUGGGCUACCAGUGCACUUUCGGUGUGCUUCAGGCUGGUCAGUACGGCGUAGCGCAGACCCGCCGCAGGGCCAUCGUCCUGGCUGCUGCUCCUGGAGAGAAGCUGCCUCGCUACCCCGAGCCGCUGCAUGUGUUUGCGCCUAGAGCUUGCUCUCUCAACGUGGUGGUGGACGAGAAGCGAUACGUCAGUAAUGUCACAAGAGGGAAUGGAGGAAUCUACAGGACCAUCACCGUCAGAGACACCAUGUCGGACCUGCCAGAGAUCCGCAACGGAGCAGCAUCGCUGGAGAUUUCCUACAAUGGAGAGCCUCAGUCGUGGUUCCAGAGGCAGAUCAGAGGCACACAGUACCAGCCCAUCCUCAGAGACCAUAUCUGCAAGGACAUGAGUGCUUUGGUGGAAGGGCGGAUGCGUCACAUCCCGUUGGCCCCGGGCUCGGACUGGAGGGAUCUGCCCAACAUCGAGGUCCGUCUGAGAGACGGCACCAUGACCAAGAAGCUGCGCUUUGCACACCCAGAUAAAAAGAACGGCCGCAGCAGCACCGGGGCACUCAGAGGGGUCUGCGCGUGCUCAGCAGGGACCCCCUGCGACCCUGCAGACCGGCAGUUUAACACCCUAAUCCCCUGGUGUCUCCCCCACACCGGGAACCGCCACAAUCACUGGGCCGGACUCUACGGCAGACUGGAGUGGGACGGCUUCUUCAGCACCACGGUCACCAACCCUGAACCCAUGGGCAAGCAGGGCCGAGUUCUGCACCCUGAGCAGCACCGGGUGGUCAGUGUGAGGGAGUGUGCUCGCUCUCAGGGAUUCCCCGACACCUACCGCUUCUUUGGAAACAUCCUGGACAAACACAGACAGGUUGGAAAUGCAGUGCCCCCUCCCCUCUCCAGGGCCAUCGGCCUGGAGCUAAAGAAGUGUGUCAUGGAGAGAUUGAAGGAAGAGCAAGCAUCAGAGACUGUCAAACAAGAGAAGAUGGACGCCUCUGAUUAGUCGCGGGUUCUAUUUCAAGAUCUGUUCAACCAGCCUGAUGCCGCCGUGUCAGCGACUCAUGUCUUUUAAAUAAGCUGGUUUUUAACAGCUAAGUGACCGCCACGAACAUUCAGUGCCAUUCCAUGUCUGUUUUAAACUGUGCUUUUAAUCAUGUUGAGAGGUUCACUUCAUGUUGGAUAAAAUUGUAUGUAGUUUUUAUAUGUGUAAUAUUUCAAAUAAAGCUCUUAAGAAAUUGA